AUGGAGCAGCAACAGAACCAACAACAGCAGCCGCAGCUGCAGCCGCAGCAGGCACAGCAGCAUCUUCAGCCACAGUCGCAGAGUGGUGUAUCGGGUCCAAAUGGUCGUAGACUGCACAUUGCCCAUCGCCGAAGCCCCUCGGAGCUGACCCCAUUGAUGAGCAUGUUCUCCAGCCCAGGCAUGGAGCAGCUGGCCAUCCAGCAACAAAUCGAGCUUCUGCAACAACAACAACAGCAAAUUCAAGCUACACACCAACAGUAUGUCAACAUGGGCAUGAUUCCUCCAACCCAGCAUCUCGCCCCCGGAUACAACCCUCUCCAGCAGCAGAUGCAAGGCAUUCCUCAGAACAACUUCCAGUUUCCGAACCAGAUGCAACAACAGCAGAUGAACGUUUCUAUGGGUGCCCCUACGCAACCGCUCUCGCAUCGCCGUAAUCAAUCAGCUCUCCCCAACAUGGGCAUGGGUCCUCCACCCGCCCCCUCCUCUGGAGCAUCCGCAUCUGCAUUUGACAACUUUGGAGGACAACAAAGAGGCGAGAAUGCUGGCAGAGGAGGCCGCGGAGGCGGACCACCCGGUGGCGGACACCAGCGUCGUCAUUCUUUGGCUCUCCCCGAAGCUAAGAAGGCUGCCGAGCUUGCCCAGCAAAAACGCACAACUUCCGGCUUCCAAUUCCCCAUCCCAGGAGCUGCCGGUGGCGAUGCAAACGACGGCGCGAACUCACCACCUGCCGAAGAGAAGCUCCCACAAGCUGGAAACACAGGCCAGAGCACGCGUGGCCGAGGCGGUGGACAUGGACGAAGUCAGAGCAUGGCCGUCAACGGACGAGGUGGUGGAUCUACCCGGGGUGGAGGCUCGUUCCAAUUUCCUCCAAUGCAGGCUACCGUAGAUGCAGGAGCUUCGGGCCAGAGCAACGACAUCCAGCGAAGAGGAAGCGGCAAUAGUUCACACACCCGACAAGGUUCCCGAAACUUUGAGGGAAACUGGAGAAACCAGCCCCAAGGCGGAGCUCCUACACAGGAUCAGGGUGCCAUGGGCAACUUCCAGGGUCAGGGUGGUUUCCAACCUGGUCACCGCAACCGUGGAUCCAGCAAUCAGUCGAUCAACUCCAUUCCCAGUUUCCAGUAUGGUGGCCAACCUCAGAUUGUGCCAAUGCAGCCGGGACAGCUGAUGGUUCCCCAGAUGUACGCUGGUCAGCAAUUGAACCCUCUCCAGAUCAGCCAACUCCAGGCUCUGCAAGCCGCUCAGAUGAAUGGACAGGUUGGUCUCCAAGGCAGCCAACACGCCCCCCACAUGUCUGGGCAGCAUCAACAACAACAGCGCAAGACGCUCUUCACCCCGUACCUCCCACAAGCUACACUUCCUGCUCUUCUCGGUGACGGCCAGCUUGUUUCCGGUAUCCUCCGUGUGAAUAAGAAGAAUCGGAGUGACGCCUAUGUCACCACCCAGGAUGGUCUUCUCGAUGCCGACAUUUUCAUUUGUGGAAGCAAGGAUCGUAAUCGAGCCCUGGAAGGAGAUCUCGUUGCCGUUGAACUGUUGGAUGUGGACGAAGUGUGGGGCCAGAAGCGCGAGAAGGAAGAGAAGAAGAAGCGCAAGGAUGUCACGGAUAGCCGAGGUGGCUCCAACAACAACGAUCGAUCCCACCGUGAUAACUCAACAACCGGCGAUGAGCAACCCAGCACUGGCGAGGGUGGCGGGCUUCGCAGACGUGGAAGUUUGAGGCAGCGGCCAACUCAGAAGAAGAACGAUGAUGUGGAAGUCGAGGGACAGAGUCUCCUUCUCGUCGAGGAGGAGGAAGUCAACGAUGAGCAAAAGCCGCUUUAUGCCGGACACAUUGUUGCUGUGGUUGAGCGUGUUGCUGGCCAGAUGUUCUCGGGUACGCUGGGUCUCCUUCGACCUAGCAGUCAGGCGACCAAGGAGAAGCAAGAGGCUGAGCGUCAAGCUCGUGAUGGUAACUCUGGUCGUCACCAGGAGCAGAGACAGCAAGACAAGCCAAAGAUCGUCUGGUUCAAGCCAACUGACAAGCGCGUCCCACUGAUUGCUAUUCCCACCGAGCAAGCUCCACGUGACUUUGUUGAGAAGCAUCAAGACUAUGCCGACCGCAUUUUUGUUGCUUGCAUUAAGAGAUGGCCAAUCACCUCUCUGCAUCCUUUCGGUACUCUGGUCGAGCAACUCGGAAAGAUGGGUGAGUUGAAGGUUGAGACGGAUGCUCUUCUUCGAGACAACAACUUCGCCUCCGAUGAAUUUUCCGAUGCCGUUACACGCAGUGUUGGUCUUGACGAAUGGUCUAUUGAGAAGGAAGACGAGGCUGAAAUUGCCGCUCGUCGUGACUUCCGUAAUGAGAAGACCUUUACGAUUGACCCUAAUGGUGCCGAUGAGCUUGAUGAUGCCAUCCACGUCAAGACCGAGGAGGAAGAUGGGAAGAUUGAGAUUGGUAUUCACAUCGCUGAUGUCGCUCAUUUCAUCAAGGCGAACUCGCUUGUUGAUAGAGAAGCUCGUAAGAGAGGCUCCGCGGUGUACCUCAUGAACAGAUCAUGCGCCAUGCUCCCACCGAAGAUUGCUUCCGAGAUCUGCUCUUUAGUCCCGGGCCAAGACAGACUGACUGUAUCGGUGGUCUUCAAAGUUAAUGCUCACACUGGAAUGGUCUCUGACGAAGAUACAUGGAUCGGGAAGAGUAUCAUCAAGAGUGCUGGUAAAUUGACCUACAAGGAGGUCGAUGCUGUUUUGUCUGGCCAUCUCGACACAAAGCUCGAUGGAGCUGACGUCAGGGAGAUUCAGAUUCUUAACGCCGUAUCCCAAAAGUGGCGCGAACGUCGUCUCGGAACCGAAGGCGAGACCAUCACCCCAUUGAGACUGAUCUACCAAUUGGACGAUGAGAAUGUCCCAGUCGAGCAAAACAUAUUCGACUCAACUCCAUCACACGAGCUUAUUGAAGAGUUGAUGCACAAGGCCAACGCUUACGUUGCACAGAGAAUCUUCAAGGGUUUGCCCGAGAAGGCACUCCUCCGUAGACAAGGUCCACCCAACCCUCGGCGCCUCCAAACAUUCAUCUCCCGCAUGAAUAAGAUAGGCUACGAGAUAGACGCAACCACCAGUGGAACUCUCCAGACUAGUUUGUUCAAGGUCGAUGACACUCAAAUCCGACUCGGAAUGGAGACCCUCCUCGUCAAAGCUAUGCACAGAGCCAAGUACUUCAUUGCUGGAAAGACACCUGCCCAUCUCUACCCUCACUAUGCCUUGAACUUCCCUCUCUAUACACACUUCACCAACCCCUCUCGGCGCUAUGCGGAUCUGGUCGUUCACCGCCAGCUCGAAGCGGUUCUGUCUGAAGGGAAGAUUGAGUUCAACGAGGACAUUGAGACCCUUGUUAAGACCACUGAGUCUUGCAACACCAAGAAGGAUUCUUCCAAAAAUGCCCAAGAGCAAAGUGUCCACAUCGAAUCUUGCCGCAUCAUGGACAGAAAGCGUGAAGCUGCCGGUGGCGAACUUAUCAGCGAAGGCAUCGUCCUUGCUGUCUAUGAUUCUGCUUUCGACGUCCUCAUCCCCGAGUAUGGUUUCGAGAAGCGAGUUCAUUGUGAUCAGCUGCCACUGAAGAAGGCAGAGUUCCGCAAGAACGAUCGUAUCUUGGAGUUGUACUGGGAGAAGGGCGUCCCAUCCUCAAUAUACAUCCCAGAGGAUGAGCGUCCUAGAGCAGGCGCAUCUCAGCGCAUGACCAAUGCUGCCGCUGCCGCAAAGAAAGCCGCCGUCGCUGAGCGUGCCAAGAAAGAGCACGAGGAAGCCCAACGCAAGCAAAUGGAGACUGGCACGAUCUCUACCGACGAUGUUGACGCGCUGUUUGAUGACGAAGACGAUGUCUCUGACGUUGCUGACAGUCUCGCUGGCGUAUCUCUCAAUGACCGCCCAACCCAGAGCGUCCCACCCUCUCCAACCAAGAACUCCCUUCAAGCCUCGGGUAAACUUCACCGUACUAGAUCCGACUCUAAAGUCCCUCCUGUCGAGCCUGCUGAGGCCAAACUCAGUGCCAAGGAAAAAUACUUGAAGUUCUUCACUCUUCGCGAGGAGAACGGCGAGUACAUUCAGGACGUAAAGGAAAUGACAAGAGUUCCUGUCAUCUUGAAAACAGACCUCACCAAGAGUCCUCCUUGCCUAACCAUCCGUUCUCUCAACCCCUAUGCUCUAUGA